AUUAUUCUAUAAAAUUGUGCCACAAGCACUAAAUAAACCAGUCAUUUCUUGCUUGUUGGUUGUAAAUCCAGAAAGAGGGAAACUUCUCGACCUCUCAAAGCUUUGAUAUAAUUGUUUCAAUAAUUUACCACUCAAACCUACAAAGAAAGUUUAACCCUUUCAGGGAGAAAGAUGUUGGAAGGUAAAGGUAUGAUUAAGGAAACUGAUAUGCCAGUGAAGAUGCAGAUCCAGGCCAUGGCUUUUGCUUCUCAAGCACUUGAUCUCUAUGAUGUUUUUGAUUGCAUAUCAAUUGCUGCCCAUAUCAAAAAGGAGUUUGAUAAGAGAUAUGGGGGAGGAUGGCAAUGUGUGGUGGGUUCCAACUUUGGUUGCUUUUUCACUCACUCACAAGGGAGUUUCAUCUAUUUUGCUUUGGAGACACUUAAUUUCCUUAUCUUCAAGGCAGCUUCUUCUUAAUUAGUAGACACUGUUCUCGUUAAAGAGAGUGCUGAUGAAGUAGGGUUGUUGAUCUUCUGGGUAUGUAAGAUAGAUUUUCUCUUGGAGUUUUGUAAAAAUGGCAGACAAGUAAUUGAAUUGCACUGUUCAGUUCUCUAUCAA